CAAACGUGAUAACGUUAUCACAGAUCCGCGUAGAAAUGUCCAUGGCGUCAUGUUAAAACAGGAUAUAUAUCAUUACAAUCUUUUCUGAUUUAUUUCGUCAAUUAUAAAUGUCGAUGACAUCCUGGUUUGCCGUCGAUAAAACACUUUUUUCCUGUCUGACAUCUCGCAUCCGGCUCAAGCUGGUCGUAUUUACCUCUGAGUGCCAGUCUUUUCACGAUUAUCGCUUGAGUAUCAACUGUCUUUCCGAAGGGCGAUAAUUGAAUAUUUUCCCCCCCGGAGAAUGCCAAAGGUGUACUCACCGAUUAAUUUCGACCUCUGGCCGGUCUUCAAUGAAGUCCACGAAGCGGAUCGGCGAAAAAUCGUCCUUGCACAUAUUUUCGGUGAAGAUGGAAGAAGCGCACUUUUCAUCACUGAUUAUGAUUCUGUUUAUGCUGUCGGCGCAAAUGAUCUCGGGAGGCUUGGUAUAGGUGAUAUCGAGUUUGCCUCCACCCCUGUUGAAAUCCCUUUUCUGAAGGGCCGACAAGUAAAAUGUUUUGCAUCUGGAUCAGCACACACCCUUGCUUUGACCGAGGUAGGCGAACUCUAUUCCUGGGGCAACAACACUCUUGGCAGGUUGGGAAACGGGACAAUCCUCGAUAGUUCGACACCCGUCCGGGUCUUCCUUCCGCACAGAGUGCUUGUCAAGUCUGUUUGCUGUGGGGACAGAUAUUGUCUUGCUCUCUCUUACGACAACAGAGUUCUACACUGGGGAGAUGUUCAAUUUUCGAGUUGCCAGGGACAAAACAUUCCAUGUGAAAUCUCUUUUCCAUUUGAGUCUAUUAUUUGUGAAAUUGCAUGUGGUUGUUUCCAUGCAGCAGUUUUGACCACCUCCGGUCAGGUGUACACUUGGGGUAUAAAUUCUUUAGGUCAGUUGGGCCGGAAGGCAGAUUCUAUUGAUGUGAUACCUGCACUUGUAGAACGGCCUCCAAAUAGCGGGCCUGCGCUCGCGAUCGGUUGUGGGCUGACAUCUACUUUCAUCCUCAAUAGAAAAAAUAAGCUAGAAUCAUACGGUGUUUUUAAAGAUCAAGAGUUCAACAACGAAUUAAACUCCCCACCUAUUGAUGAGUUUGCCAUCACAAACAUGGGUUGUUUAUUAUGUGCGAGGAGUGAUGACCGUUACUUCAUCCACGAUGAAGAGUCAUUCUUCGAUAAAAAAACACUAAAACCCAUCGACAUACACACCAUGCAGAAUGCUUUUGCAAAACGAGCCACUCCGCUGUUUCUCAAGGCGAACCCGUCAGAUAUGGCACUGGAGGUGGUUGAACCGAUCCAAGGCUCCACUAGGGACAUCGAGAAAAUGCUUUUUGAUAAAAAGGAGUUCAGCGAUUUAGUGAUUAAGCUGUCUGAUGGGCUUGUCUAUGUACACAAACUCAUUUUAACUACUUUUUGUGAACACUUCAAAUCUAUGUUACUUGGAUCCUGGGGUACAGAAACAAAAAAUGAAAUGGAUAUGCAGUCAUAUAAUGCACGUGCUUAUCGGGCAUUUUUGAAAUUUGUUUACAGUGGCACGCUUGAACCACUUCAAGGUCCUGAAUUAAUAGAUUUAUAUAGCAUUGCUCAAUCGUACUUUGAAUCAGAACUAAGAGCGAUGACUGUAACCAUGUUCCGUAAGAGGCUGCAGCCUGAGAAUACAGCCAGUCUUUAUGCGCUUGCAUGCAAGGGGGUCUGCGAGGAGCUGAUCGAUAUUUGUCAUGAAUUUGCAAGCGGGCAUGUCGAUGAGGUGAUCUCGUCUGAAGGUUUUGACAAUCUCAGCCCCGAUCUGUGUAAAACUCUUGUCAAAGAGGCGACCAAAAGGAAGAAGAAAAAUAUCUAAAAGUGCACCAUUCUGAUUAUUACAGGUGUGAAAGUGGCACAUACGCCCCGUACUAAAAACUUUAAGGACAUAACAAAUUUAUGUUAUAUAGAUGGUAUAUUCUUCAGAUUAUAUUUUUAUUAAAAUUUAUAUGGAUAAUCUGUCAGCUAUGUUGCAAUUCUACAAAUCUUUUUAAACGAAUGCCACUAUUUUCUUUAUCCUCUAUGCUGUGAAUUGUAAAAUCAUUGUGAGCUGUUAUUCACAGGUUAAUAUACGCUUUUCUUAUAUCAAUUACAUCAUCAACAUCACACAAAUGCUUACAAACUCAUAUUUCCUAAUUGUAAAAAUAAUAUUUAUUUAAAUAAAUACAUAUUUUUUUAAA